UUGACACACCCACCAAAUUGUUUCUAGUAAUUUUGGUAGUAAAAUUCGUUUCGUACCCUCUCUCUCUCUCUCUCUCUCUCUCUAGAGACGAAUUGCAAUCACUCGUCCUUCAUAUCCAGGGGGUCAGGCCGUCUGGGUACAUACGUUUAUCAACGACUCUGCUUCAAUCCUUCAACCAAAUUUUAUUUAUUCCCUUACAAAUUCCUGCGUCCAAUUUAAUCCGCUGAUCUUAUCCCCUUCUUGAAAAAGUAUCCACGCAAGCCCUAGAAAUUUUUCUCCAGGGUUCUCAUACUUUCUUUCUUUUCCCUAACAGUAGUUAAUCGUUGUCGGGGGAGGAAUUUGUUGUUCCCUUUGUUGUUUAAGUAGAAGCGUGUAGAAAUGGAUGGAUUUAGUAUUCAAGACUCUUCCAACCUUCAAGAUAUUGACCAGUUCGGCGCGACUUCGAAAGAAGAUACAGUAUUCGAUGCAUCCCAGUAUGCAUUUUUCGGAAAUGAUGCCGUUGAAGAAGUUGAGUUGGGGGGACUAGAAGACGAGGAAGAUGAGUUUCCGCCAGUUGGGCUUGAUGAUGAAGGGUAUCCGUUGGAUCGAGAAGAGGGUGCAGUUUUUGGAUCCUUAUCUGAAAUCGAUGAUCUUGCCACCACAUUUUCAAAGCUAAAGAAGAUUGAUAAUGGACCAAGUGCAGGAGUUAUUGAUGAUAGAGGCUCCAGAGAAAGUUCCUCUGCCGCUGAAUGGGUACAAGAAGCAGGUUUCCCCAACUGGUUUGAUCAGCAAACACUUGAUUCAGAUGGCACUGAGGAAGGUAUAACACAGUUAUCGCAACCAUAUUCUUCUUCUGCUCGUAUUCCGGAAUCAACAUCUUUGUAUCGAACAUCUUCCUACCCCGAGCAGCAACACCAGCACCAACACCAACACCAACAUUUUUCCAGUGAACCAAUUCUUGUACCGAAAUCUGCAUAUACUUCUUAUCCUCUUCCUGGAGGUGGAUCUCAACAAGCUUCGCCAAACUAUCAUUCACGCCACCCUCAUAUGCCCCAUCAUCCUGGUGGGCCCCAGAUGCCGAUGCCUUCAUCCAACCUCUCUCCUUUUUCUAACCCUCAGCUUCAGUUGUCUGCCUUACCUUCUGGCACACAAUUUGGUGGAAAUUUGCCCCAGUAUAAAUCUCCAGGUCUCUCUGUUAAUGGGCGACCACAGAACCAAUGGGCCAAUCAAACACAUUUAUUUCCUGGAGACCAUUCCAAUCUGGUGAACAAUUUGUCACCGCAGCAAUUCCCUCGCCAAAAUGGUUUAAUGCCACCAGGCCCACCACAGUUAAUGCCUCAGCAGCAAGCACAUCAACACAGACUGCAUCAUCCAUCUCAACCAUCAUACGGUCAUCUGUCAGGGCUUCCAUCUCAACUAUUUAAUCCCCAUCUUUCUCCAUCCCCCCCUGUAAACAAGCUGGAAGCAGUUCUUGGGUUGGGUCAUUUGAGAGAUCAAAGUCCUAAAUUUCAAACAGGCAGACAGAUCUUCCGGUACUCUCAACAGGGCUUUGAUACCCGUAGCCUUGGGUGGCCACAGUUCAGAUCCAAGUAUAUGACAUCAGAUGAAAUUGAGAAUAUUGUUAGAAUGCAGCUUGCGGCGACGCAUAGUAAUGAUCCAUAUGUAGACGAUUAUUACCACCAGGCUGGUCUUGCAAAAAAGUCUUCUGGCGCAAAGUUGAGACACCAUUUCUGCCCAACCCAACUGAGGGAUCUUCCUCCCGGAGCUCGUAGUAACACUGAGCCGCAUGCUUAUCUCCAAAUCGACGCUCUUGGGAGAGUUUCAUUUCCUUCUAUCCGUAGGCCGCGGCCACUUCUUGAGGUGGACCCUCCAAAUUCAUCUGCUGCUGGGUGCAGUGACCAAAAUCCAUCUGAGAAACCCUUGGAACAGGAGCCAAUGCUCGCUGCUAGAGUAGCUAUAGAGGAUGGCCUCUGUCUUCUCCUUGAUGUGGACGAUAUUGACCGCCUCCUACAGUUUAACCAGCUACAAGAUGGUGGAGCUCAGCUGAGAAGGCGGCGACAGGCCCUGCUCGAGGGGCUGGCGGCAUCUCUUCAACUGGUUGAUCCACUUGGCACUAAUGGCCAAACUGUUAAUUUAUCUCCUAAGGACGAUCUGGUAUUUUUACGACUAGUCUCUCUUCCCAAAGGCCGGAAGCUUCUCUCAAAAUACCUUCAACUUCUUCUUCCCAAUGGUGAGCUAAUUCGAGUAGUCUCCAUGGCAAUUUUUCGUCAUUUGCGGUUCUUGUUUGGUGUCCUUCCUACUGAUCCACAAGUAGCUGAAACAACCCUUAACCUCACAAAAACAAUAUCUUCUUGUAUUUGUGGGAUGGAGCUUAAGCCACUAGCUGCCUGUCUUGCAUCUGUGGCUUGUUCCUCAGAGCACCCUCCACUCCGCCCCAUUGGAAGCUCCCUUGGAGAUGGGGCUUCUGUCAUUGUGAAAUCUGUUCUUGAGAGAGCAACCGAACUCCUAACUGAUCCUCAUGGGACUGAAAGCUGUAGUGUGCCCAAUCGGAACUUUUGGCAGGCCUCUUUUGAUGCGUUCUUUGGGCUUCUGACCAAGUAUUGUUUCAACAAGUACGAUACUAUUAUGCAGUCAUUAGUCAUGCAGUCCUCGCCUGACCUCGGUGUUAUUGGGGCAGAUGUAGCAAGAGCUAUCAAUAAGGAGAUGCCUGUGGAGCUCUUACGUGCAAGCCUUCCUCAUACUGAUGACCGACAGAGAAAGGUCCUAUACGAAUUUUCACAACGCUCCAUGCCUGUUUUAGGAUCUAAUGGUCAUGCCGGAGGGAGUGGCGGCACAUGAGUGAUGCUUUUUUUUUCAACAAGAAGGGAAACGACUCAUGAAGCAUGUGAAAAGGAUAUCUGAUGGCCGAUGAUAUUCUGGAGUACUGGUCCACACAUUGUCUUGAUCAGAAUAAGUUGUGGACAAACACGGAGUUGGAAGCAUUUUAGCUUUUAGAUUUACAUGGUUACUCUUUGGCAAAACUUCGAAAGCAUUCUGCGUCUAUUUGUGUGUGCUGGAACUUUGCUGUUAGUUUUAUCCUAGUUUUUUCGAAGUAGAGAGCUUAUUUUAAUGCUCUGUUGUGGAUUUCCAGAUAGUCGCGAGGAAGUAGGGGUUCAGAAUGAAUGUACAGUGUCCAUUUCGAAGGAAGGUUCCCCAUGUUCCUUGGCUAUAAUUUCAUUGAGGUGGUGGGGAGUAGAAGUGUUAUGUUUUUACGUUUAUUAGAUAGGUUUUUUUUUUUUUUUAAUCUAGUUAUGCCGGAAACUCUUGGAAUGUGGAAAUGCUGGUAUCAGUUUGUGGCUCUUUGACAAUUUUUUUUUCAUGGAUGGCACGACUAUUUUUGUACUAGUAUUAUGAAAGUAAUUCUAAAUUGAACUGGCAGUGCCUAAAUCAUUAUGGGUGCCUUGCUAA